AUGGACUCUAUUGUCGGAUUCUCAGAUUACUCAUGUGUUCCUGAUACACGCGCACAUAGAGAAUGCAUAUCAAUAAACGUUGGACAAGCAGGCGUUCAAAUAGGCACAAAAUGUUGGGAACUAUAUUGUCUGGAGCACAAAAUAAAACAAGAUGGCGAAAUAAAUCUAGACAGAAAAAAUUCACGUCUCGACGACAUCGAUAGUAUCGACACAUUUUUUGCGCACACAACUAAAGACAAAUAUGUACCACGUGCGAUAAUGUGCGACUUAGAGCCAACGGUUAUCGAUGAAUUUCGCAGCUCAGAGUAUCAAAAAUUAUUUCAUCCCGAUCAAUUAAUCUGCGGUAAAGAAGACGCCGCUAAUAAUUUCGCGCGGGGUUACUACACCGUUGGUGAAAAAUUAAUAAAUACAGUGACGGAAAAAAUUCGAAUACUCGCUGAGAAUUGCAAUGGAUUAAUGGGAUUUCUGAUUUGUCAUUCCAUCGGCGGAGGAACUGGGUCGGGUUUCACUUCACUAUUGAUAGAACAUCUUUGUCAGAUGUUUCCUAAAAAAAGCAAACUGGAAUUUGUGAUUUACCCGUCGCCGAAUAUGAGUACUGCAGUAGUCGAACCUUACAACGCAAUACUUUCGACGCAUUUAUCGUUAAAUGAAAAUUUAUGUGCCUUUAUGUUUGAUAACGAAGCGCUUUAUGAAGUUUGCAGACAGAAAUUAGAUUUAGAUAGACCUAAAUACUAUAAUUUGAAUCGGUUAAUCAGUCAGGUUGUGUCAUCAAUAACUGCAAGUUUAAGAUUCGAAGGAUCAUUGAACGUUGACUUGUCAGAAUUUCAAACAAAUCUAGUACCAUUUCCUCGUAUACAUUUUCCAUUGUGCGCUUAUUCUCCCGUAGCAAGUGCUGCCAAAGUUGAUCACAAUACGAUGUCAAUUUCCGAAUUGACAUCCGAAUGUUUCGAUACAUCAAAUUCAUUAGUUAAAUGUAAUUUACAAAAUGGAAAAUAUAUGGCAUGCUGUCUAUUGUAUCGAGGUGACAUUGUGCCAAAAGAUGUCAAUUACGCAAUUAGCUGCAUUAAACAAAAACGUAUGAUACAGUUCGUUGAUUGGUGUCCAACUGGUUUCAAAGUUGGCAUCAAUUAUCAAGCGCCAACUGCAGUACCCAAUGGGGACAUGGCGUCGGUUAAUCGUGCCGUUGCGAUGCUCAGCAAUACCACGGCCAUAAGAGAAGUUUGGGGGCGCUUGAAUCGACGAUUUAAUUUGAUGUAUCGAAAAGGCGCUUUUUUGCAUUGGUACCAGUCUGAAGGAAUGGAAAUGAUGGAAUUUUCUGAAGCAAGGGAUGAUUUAGCAGCACUGGAACUUGACUACAGAGAAAUAACUUGUGAUUCUAAUUGUCAGGAUGCGGAUAAUGAAUUUUGA